AUGUUUUACAGUCACGAAGUCUUAACAAGCCGCAAGUAUGGCGUGGCCACAGUCUGGCUCGUUGCAACACUUGGCUCCAAGUCCAGCCUAAAGAGGAUCACACGCAAGCAAAUGCUCGAUGUUGAUGUUGCAAAAGCUUGUAAGACCAUCGUCGACCCUGCAGCGCCCAUGGCCCUGCGUCUGCAAGGCAAUUUGUUGUACGGUGUAUCUCGUGUAUACCUGCAGCAGUGCGGCUAUGUCCUCACGGAUGCACAGUCCGCGCAUAAUAAGAUGAUGCUCAUGCUGCGCUCGGUGAAGAACCACGCACUCGACCCAGAUGCUGGCAAGGCUAGGCCCGAGCAGCUCAUCUUGCAAGACGAUCCAUAUUUCCUCCCCGAUUUCGCCCUCCCUCCAGCAGAGUUCCUCGCAGACCUCGGUCUCGACCUCCCACGCUCCGGGGAGUCUCAAUCUCUGACACCCUUUGGCUCACAGCAGUCCUCGCAGUCUCCACACGUCGGCGGUUACGGGCUCGUCCUUCCCAGCUCCUCCCCAGAUCGAUCAGUAGGGGUCGGUCUUGAGGGCGACAAUGGUGGCCACGAUAACGAUGGCUUCGUCGAUAUCGACAACCUACUUAAUCUCGAAGAGCCAGAGUUCAUCUUCGGUGAGGACGGCAACAUCAUUGAGUUUACGCCCGCUCAGCAUGCGCCGGAGACGCCUGCGGCUGCUGUGGCCGCUGGAGGAGCGCCGAUGCAAAGCGAUGCUGGGGCUAGUGCUAGGGUGAGACGAGAACACGAAGAGGGACAGCUGGGUCGCGCAGAGGCUCUUGGUGGCGACCGAAUGAACAUUGAUUUGCCGAUCUACGGUGACGACUUGCCAGAAGUCGAGGCGAUGUCAUCCGCCGUGGAGCAACCCAGCGAACAUUCGGAGCAGGUCAUUGAAUCGGCCUCAUCAGUCGCUGCUCCAAUGCACCGGAAGAAGAAGACGGCCAAAACUCUGCCAAAGGAUAGGAGACUCGAAUUAAGCAACACGGAGCUCCUGGCCUGGAACACCAACUACCUCAAGAACAUGAAGCAGGCGGCUCGAUCGGGGGUCCAGAAGCGCAUGCGACAACAAGCGAAGAAGAAUGCCGAGCAUUAUGUUUGGGGGGCUGGUAUCGGUGGUCUCGGGCGCGACUAUUUCGCUGCUCGAGGCCCUCUCGCCGGCUUUAUGGGGGAUAAUUUGUUCGAGCUAUUCACCGGUACAAGCAGGAACCCCAAUGCUGCAUCCAAGCGCGACCGCGAUAGUGGUAUUGACGAAGCCACCCAGGAAGAGUCACGUCGUAAGCGUCAGAAGACCGCGGAACCUGAGGAAGAGAUCGGUCGCGGUCAAGACGAUGAAGGUUUUUUCAUGCCCGGUGGUGAUGAAGAGGUCGAGCUUCCACGGGAGGCAGUCUCUGCGCUCGAUGACCAGCAGAUCUUCUCUGCUAUGCCAUGGAACAUCAGCGCUUCCAAGCGUGGCUCUUCCGCGAUUCCACUCAGCGGCCGCGUCACCAUGAUGAGCGAGCAAGGCAGGCAGGGCAGCCGAGCAGGAAGUCGUAUGGUCUCUGCGUCGCCCCUUCUUCGCCGCAGUACUGGUCGGUUCGAAGCCUUGCAGAGCCUGGACAGCGAUGCCCAUGGUGGAGACGAGUUUGCUUUCGCAGCACCUACGUCCGAUCCCGUUGAAGCUGAGGAGGGCCCCACACAAGCAUCGCUGCGUGUGCGCGAAGCUCUGUCCGCCGAGGGAGAGAAUUUCUUCUCAUUUGUUGCUGAAGCCAUCACGAGCAAGGUCGAUGUUGCGGUCGCGGAUCCGCUCGAAAUGCCCGCCGAGGAUCAGUUUGGGGCUAUCGAAGUUGAUCAGGUCACCUUCGAAGAGCUGCUUCCACCUCGCGAGACUAGCAAGAUGAUCGCUUGUCAAGGCUUCUUGAUGCUCCUGUCCCUAGGCAUGAAGGGUAUGCUUGACGUUCAGCAGCCUACUGCAUUCGAAGACAUCACGCUGAAGCUCACCGAGAAGGCGAAGGCGAGGCAGAUCAGCAAUGUGGUUGACAACGAUGACUUGGAGCAACUUGCCUACGAGGAUAUGGAGGAAGGACCUGCAGAGGAAGCUGCAUCAGUAACCGAGGCGGGCGACGACGAGGAAGUGCUGGAAUCGGACAGCCACUUCCAGGAGCAGAUUACUGCCGGCCACGAUGCUGCUGGUGAUAACGAUGAUCACGAUUCACUUUACAACAGCCACUGA